AUGGGUAUUUGUCUCUUCAUUGCCGGUCUGAUCGGUGGACCAUUGGUUAUCAUUGUCUUUCUUAGUCUUCGAACAUUUCGACAAAGUUCAUGUGCAUUUUAUUUAACUAUUAUGUCCGUGGUAAAUUGUUCUCAGUUAUUUACUGGUCUAUUCAGUUACAUUAUGUUGUAUGGUUUUAGUAUCGAUUGGUCAAAUCUAUCACUAUCGUAUUGCAAAUGUCGAUUAUUCUUUGUUCAAUCUAAUUCGCUAAUCUCGUUUACAUGUUUGUGCUUAGCAACAAUUGAUCAAUUUCUGGCAACUUGUUCUCAUCCUCGAUGGCAUCAAUACAAUAACAUUACAUUUGCUCGUUAUAUGGUCGUAGGAACAGUAAUAUUCUGGAUAUCACAUGGAAUACCAUUUAUACUCUAUUAUAAUCAUACGUUAUCAUCGGUAACUAAUACGCCCAUUUGUAUGAUUACUAAUGCCAUUUUUCACCAGUAUUUCUAUUCUUUUUAUUUGCCUGUUCUUACCAGUAUUUUGCCUAUAACAAUUAUGAUAAUAUUUGGUGUAUUAUCAUAUCGGAAUAUUCAACGAAUAGCUCAUCGAGCAAUACCAUUAGUUCGACGUGAAUUAGACAAACAAUUAACAGUAAUGGUUCUUGUGCAAGUUUUCUGUACUGUUCUUGCUCUCACACCACAACUUAUUUACUCGUAUUAUUCUUUAAUUACUGGCACAUCCACUGAUCAGUUUACUUUGGUACUUAUACAGUCCAUAAGAAAUAUAAUAACUAUGUUUUACUAUACUUAUUUUAUGAGUUCAUUGUACAUCUAUACAAGUGUAUCAAAACGAUUUCGUCAACAACUAAUCUAUGUUCUGUUUACAUUGCAUUUCAAUCGAUGGGCUCGUCUCACCAAAAGAAACAAUCACGUAGAACCACAAGCAUAA